UAGUAUUCAGUUCCAUCCUUCUCGGUUUGCAUAUUGCUGGUAUUCUGAUGGAAUGUCAAAUGUGAAUUUGAAUUGUGAUUGAACUUAGGUGUAUCAAUAUAGAGCUUGGUAGGAAAAUUGUUGCAGUUGGAAGAAAUUAUAGGGAACAUGCUGCUGAACUGGGCAACAAAAUGCCAGACAAACCCAUGCUCUUCUUAAAGCCAACCUCAUCAUAUUUGACAGCAGGCAACAUCAAGAUUCCCGAGGGAUGUUCCGAGCUGCACCACGAGGUGGAACUGGGAGUUGUCAUCUCUGAAAAGUGCAGCGCUGUACCAGAGGGCGCUGCCAUGCAGCAUGUGGCGGGCUAUGCUCUUGCCCUGGACAUGACCGCACGUGAUUUCCAGAACGAAGCGAAGGCGAAGGGCCACCCGUGGACGAUGGCCAAGUGUUUCGACACGGCGUGUCCGGUGUCGGCGUUCGUGCCGCGUGACCGGAUACCGGACACUUCCGGUGUGCGUCUGCACUGUUCGGUGAACGGCCAGACGCGACAGGACGGCGCCACGGCCGAUAUGCACUUCAGCGUGCCCUUCCUCAUCAGCUACAUCAGCAGGUAUAUCACGCUGGAGCCGGGAGACCUGGUGCUGACCGGCACUCCAGCCGGCGUCGGACCCGUUCGGGCCGGUGACGUCAUCGAGGCCACCAUGGCCGACCAAUCAGGAGGCCAGCUGACCAAAAUCACCUUCGGUGUCGAGAAGAGUAGCCAAUCGUAAAACCUGGGGUAUGUAGCGCGGUUAUGUAGUGGCUCGAUCCUAGUGCCCGUAUAUUCUGGUGACGUUGUUACAUCCUGCAGGGGAGUACUUGACUUGUUACACGCAACGGUUUGGUAGUCUAAGGAUGCUAGUAGAGUGAUUUGUGGGAAUUUGCCUAUGCUGGUGAUUGGGCGCAAUAGUUACGCAUCCAUUCACUUUGUUGUUACGCGGAUGAUGAAAAAUGUCAUAUUUUGUGAAUGGAAUGGUAACGUUGGGGUCAUCUUUCAGCUUCAUGUGCAAGCAAUACAAUGCGGGAGUGCCAA